AGAGAUCUCAAGUUCCUGACGAUUGGUGCCGUGGCGUCUGUGGGACUUACUGCUCUCUUAACCUCACAGUACCACAGUAACAUACAUAAACCCUGUCGGAUCAUCGACUCGCCAUUGUUUUCCAUACAGAAGGCCCUGACUAAGGACCAACAAAAGAGACUUCCUUAUGCUCCUGAUGCUCUGGAGGGAGCAAGAGAUGUUUCGACUCCCUUCGGCAACGUAAGGGUAUAUGAAUGGGGACCAGAAGAGGGCAAGAAAGUCUUGCUAGUGCAUGGGAUUAGUACGCCAUGUAUAGCCCUGGGAGGACUGGCAGAGGAGCUGGCAAAGAAAGGUUGUCGAGUAAUGUUGUUUGACAACAAGAAAAACAUGUCAAGAGACGGCAAUAUUGUUUACACACCCACAAGACUCUUCACAUACAAUGAUACGACUACAAGCACGAUGUUUCCCGAGGUUGGAAUGUCAUGGAAGCAAUUCAUCGAUAUUUAUAAUCCUCAAGACAUUCAGCUCUUCACCACUCAAAUCUUACUAGUCCUCUCCUCAUCUCCCUUGAGCUGGACUGGAGAUGGCAAUCGAUUUGGCCUAAUCGGUUACUCAUUGGGUGGAGGAAUAGCUGCAUCUUUUACCUCCUACUUCCCAAACCUGGUCGAGUCUCUUGUGCUCAUCGCACCAGCAGGACUCAUGCGACCCACCCGUAUCCAUUGGACCAGCAAGUUCCUCUACGGUGGAUUUCUUCCUCGCAGGCUAGUCGAAUAUCUGGUAUGGAAGCGACUCGGCGGCAGCAGUAACACUCCAAUAUCUUCUCAAACCAUCAAAGACAGCGCCAAGGUCACCGCCACCCAGGCAGCAGAAGAGGAGAUGCCACCCCAUCCAGCGCUCGCUGCCGACUCUUCAGCUCAGAUCUCCACCCGCAGACCUUCCGUCAGUAUAGCAGACGUCGUGUCCUGGCAACUCACCCACCAUGCCGGUUUCGUCGCCUCGUUUGUCUCAAGCAUCCAACACGCACCCAUAAGUGGCCAACACUCAUCCUGGAAAGCCAUUGCAGAUGCACAAGAAUCCCUUCCCACGACUCAAUGUCUGCUCGAAGGCAAAGUGUUGCUACUGCUAGGCAAAGACGAUACCAUAGUCGUUGCAGACGAAAUGUGCCAAGAUGCAAAGCAAGCGCUGGGCCAUGCGGUCGACAUCCGUAUCCUAGACGGUGGCCACGAAGUCCCCGUCACCGAUGCCGAUAUCGUCGCUCAGACCAUUCUAGACUUNUUGGAACCAACAAGUCGCAUGACGAGCAGCGGUGAGAAUGGAAGAGGCAAAGCACAGAAGAAAAAAACUUUGCCGUAUGUCGACCUUGCUGUAGAGAGGCUGUUGUGUUGCUGGAAUAUGCUGGAACAUGGCGGGUCUGUUGCA